AUGACAGCCCCAGAAACCAACGCGGACGGCACAACCCCCGCCUCAGGCGGCAAAAUCCUCGUCCUGCCCGGCGACCACGUCGGACCGGAAGUAGUGACAGAAGCGAUCAAAGUGCUCAACAUCAUCGCAGAAGAGACGGGCCGGAAAUUCGAGUUGGAAGUCGACUUGUGCGGCGGCUGCUCGCUCGACAAGCACGGCGACUCCGUGACGGAGGAAGUGCUGCAGAAGUGCUUGAACGUGGAUGCAGUCUUCUUUGGUAGCGCUGGCGGUCCUGAAUGGGGCACUGCGCAGCCGAAUCCGGAAAGCGGGCUGCUGAGGAUACGGGAUCGCAUGCAGAUCUUCGCCAACCUCCGCCCGUGCAAAUUCGCCAGCAAAGCUCUCCUAGCCUACUCCCCCAUCAAAACAGAAGUAGUCAAGGGCGUGGACUUCAUGUUCAUCCGCGAAAACUGCGGCGGCGCCUACUACGGCAAGAAGAUCGAAGAGGCAGACUACGGCUGCGACCCGUGGGAGUACAGCAGACCCGAGAUCGAGCGGGUGGUGCGGGUCGCCGGCGCGCUGGCCAUGCAGCACGACCCGCCGCUGCAAGUGUACAGCGUCGACAAGGCGAACGUGCUGGCCAACUCGCGCGUCUGGCGACGGAUAGCGACGGAGGUGUUUGAGAAGGAGUUUCCCAAGAUCCAGCUGAAGCAUCAGUUGGCGGAUAGUCUGGCGCUGCUGUUCAUCACGAAGCCCACUGCGUUCAACGGUGUGCUUGUCUCGGACAACACGUUCGGCGACAUUCUGUCUGACGAAUCCGGUGGUCUUACGGGCUCGCUGGGACUCUUGCCCUCCGCAUCGCUCGCUGGACCACCCGGGAACGUCGACAGCAAGCUCGGCAGGAACAGCGUUGGCGGUGUCGUCGGACUCUACGAACCAGUCCACGGCUCCGCGCCAGAUAUCAGCGGCAAGGGGCUGGCAAAUCCCACGGGGCAGAUUCUGAGUCUGGCGAUGAUGCUGCGGUACAGUUUCAACAUGCACCGGGAAGCGAACAUUAUCGAGAAGGCGGUGGAGCGGUGCUUGGAUACUCGGGAGGAUGGUGGGCUUGAGAUCCGGACGGGUGAUUUGGGUGGCAAGGCAGGCACGGUGGAGAUGAGCGAGGCCAUUCAAGGGGAAGUGAGGAGAUUGCUGAAGACAACAUAG